GUUCGAGAACUAGAGAACGAAUUGGAUAAUGAACAGAAGCGUGAAGUUGAGGCAGUUAAAGGUGUCCGCAAAUACGAGAGGAGAGUGAAGGAGCUAACUUACCAGGUAAAGUAGUCUUCUUGUGUAUUAAUCUUAAAUAUUAAAAAGGCACUGGUCAAAAAUAAAAUAUAUUCAAGUGUAGAUUUAAUAUAUUACUAAAAGCAAAUAAAAUUACUUAAAAAAAAUAAUGCCAUAAUCUCCAGUAGACUCUGCAAAAAAUCUUAUCUCCUCUUUCAGACCGAAGAAGACAGGAAAAAUGUCCUGAGAUUGCAGGAUCUGGUGGAAAAACUGCAGCUGAAAGUAAAGGCCUACAAGAUACAGGCUGAAGAAUCUGUAAGUACAAACCCAAUGAGUUCUUGUUUGUAGCCGUCAAAAGUCCAGUUAGAAUACACUGAUCCUCAUAGGUUUAUAAACGUUGCUGUUAGUCAUUCCUCAUGUAUUCUUGUCCAUUCUUGUGUGUCAGGAGCAGGCCCGGACUGGCCAUCGGGCAUACCGGGCAAAUGCCCGGUGGGCCGCGAUGGCCAUGGGGCCAGGCCGGCAGGGGAGAUCACAGAAUCUCCCCGGCCGGCCCCUGCAGGGCCAGCGCUACCCGAGCGCCGGCCCUGCUGUGUGCCUCCAUGGGCCGGUGGGGAGAUCAAAGAUCUCCCUCACCGGCCCACAGACAGGGAGAUGCGGCCGCCGGCUGGGUGAGGGAGGGAGGAAAGAGGACCGGCGGAGCUCUAACAAGCAGCUCCGCCGGUCCUCUCGCGGGAUUCUGAGCGUUGCCGCGGCAACGCUCAGAUCUCGCGAGAGUGAACUCUAACCUGCAGGUUAGAGUUCACUCUCACCACUGGACCACCAGGGAAGGCAGCAUGGCUCCCCACCCCUCCCCAGGCAGAACGGAAUCUCCUCCUCCCCCUCCCCCCUCCCAGGAUAAAGGUAAGAAGGGAGGGGGGGGGGGAAUAUAAUUUUUUUUUAUUAGUAAAAAAUAUAUAUUUAAAUAAAAAAUACAUUCACUCACACACACAGCCUCCAGACACAGCACCCCCCAGACACACAGCACCCCCCAGACACACACAGCACCCCCAGACACAGCACCCCUCAGACACACACAGCACCCCCAGACACAGCACCCCCCAGACACACACAGCACCCCCAGAAACAGCCCCCAGACACACACAGCACCCCAAGGCCACACACGUGCACCCCAGACACACACUGCACUCCAGACACAGCCCCCAGACACACACACAGCACCCCCAGACACAGCACCCCCAGACACACACAAGCCCCCAGACACACUGCCCCCCAGACUGCAGCACCCCCAGACACAGCCCCCAGACACACACUGCACCCAGACACGCACUGCCCCAGACACAGCCCCCAGACACACACAGCACCCCCAGACACAGCACCCCAGACACACACAGCGCCCCCAGACACACAGCACCCCAGACACACACAGCACCCAGACACACACUGCACCCAGACACACACACAGUACCCCCAGACACACAGAGCACCCCCAGACACACAGAGCACCCCUAGACACACAGCACCCAGACUCACACAGCACCCCAGACACACACUGCACCCAGACACACACUGCACCCAGACACACACACAGCACCCCCAGGCACACAGAGCACCCCCAGACUCACACAGCACCCCAGACUCACACAGCACCCCAGACACAUACAGCACCCCAGACACACACAGCACCCCAGACACACACAGCACCCCAGACACACACACAGAACCCCCCAGACACACACAGCACCCCCAGACACAGCCCCCAGACACCGCACCACCCAGACACACACUGCACCCAGACACACACUGCACCCCCAGACACACACAGCACACAGAAUGUGACAGCAGAUAAAAACACCCUCACACACAGCACCCCUCUUACAUACACACACUGCGCCCUUCACACAUACAAUAAGUCCAAAUAUAUAUAAAUAUAUACAUACACACACACACACACACACACACUACAGCACCCCUCACACUGCACCACUACACACAUUACGCUCCAGAUACACACUAGAUCCCUUACCCUAUAUGCACUCUUAAUCCUCUACACACACACACACACACACACACAAACUGGGUCAUUUGCACAGUAGAUCUCCUACACACACACACUACAUUCCUUGUCAGCAAACACAUACAACAUUCUCUAAACACACUCUCUCUGCAAUCCCUACACACACUACGUCACCUAUACACACACACUUCAGCCUGUAUGCACACACUCGCUGCAUCCCCUAUAAAACUAUGCCCCCUAUACACACACUCUCUACAGCCCCUAGCCACACAUAUUACACCACAAACACAAAUUAUAUUGACCUAUUUAUACAAUACCACACCACACUCUACACACACGCAAUCCCACAAGCAGGCUCCAAACAUAUGCACCAUGCACUUUCCUGGCCCUUUUGUCCUCUGGUAUCCCACUUGUGGAGACACCAGAGACAAUUUAAAAGCAAACACAGCGCAAGCAUGUUAUUAAAUUUGCUUGCGCUGCGCAGAACAAAUUCGGGGCCUUUUUCUAAUGCCAGAGCUCUUCAGCAGGGCUCUGGGCAUUGAACCAACAUGCUCACUUUGAGAGGGGGCGUGCUUGUCAUUAGUGAUGACAAAACACACACUCUCUGGCCCCGCCCCCUUCUUAGGGGGCCGCUCUGAUUGAAAAAUGCCCGGGCCUAAUUUUUUUCCCAGUCCGGCCCUGGUCAGGAGGAGCAGACCAACGCUCAUUUGAGUCGGUUCAGAAAGGUCCAACAUGAGCUGGAGGAAGCCGAGGAGAGAGCCGACAUUGCCGAAUCUCAAGUGAACAAACUCAGAGCUAAAAGCCGUGACGUCAGCACCAAG